AUGGGCAGGGGCAAGAGACUGGUGCGUAACGCAUCUCGACCAGGCAGAUUGGAACGCGCUGUCUCAGGUCCGAUGAACGACAGAGGUCAUGCGGGAGAUGCUGACUUGGAGGUAGAAGUGGCACCGGAAGAGUGGUCGGCCGCGUUGGUGGUGGACUGUAAAAAGAUGGACGGUUCCAUUAGGUCACAGACCCAGGAAGCUCAGGUUGCAACGAGUGGUAUUGCGGCCAUGUCACCUGGUGUGCAGCUGAAAGGGCACUUCAGUUCUGCAUCCGGGGCAGCAUCAAUGGUUGGCCAGGAAGCAAACACAGAUUGGGCUUUGCAGCACUCCGUGUCGGAGACCCAAAAAACUGCAUCUGAUGGUACCGAGGCCAUGUCAACUCAGGCAAUUUUCGACAGGCAAAUUUGUGCGUUUGUGGAAGUUACUAAUAGGCUUAGAGCCACCCGAGCUCGAGCUCAAAUGGCCGACGAUCUCAAACUUGACCCGCUGCAAAAGCCAGAUGUAGCCCGGCUCCAAAUGGAGAACGAGCAGCUGAGAAGAGACAACACAAGUUUGAAGUUGCAAAAUCAAGCUCUGCACCGACUUAUGCAAGCCUUGCCGCCGGCAGUUUGCCAGACUGCAGCCUGGAUUCGCGACGAGUUGCCGCGCCUCCUGAAGUCUGCUGCCAUGCAGCCUCGCGGGAUUCGUACUCAAAUUCCGAUCUUGGCAUUGCGGCACACCCACAAGUCUGUCAAUGCAGCGCUCGCAUUCGGUGAUGAUCAUGAAAAUGCCCAGGAGAAUAUCUUGAAGCUGUUUGACCAGCUUUUUCGAGGCCACGUGCAGCCUCAUGAAGUGGAAGAGUUACAAGGCAAGCUUCCCCCAGAUGUCACAGAUGAUCUUGGCAUCCGCUCCCGGAACAAUCGCAGACUUCUUGCGCUCCGCGCCUUACAGAGUUGUAGACUGGACGAAUGCAUCUAUGUGCCUUGCAUCGCACGUUCUCACGAGGCAUAUUUGGGCGAUGCUAGUUUCAAGCGCUGGUUUGACAAAGGCGAUGAUGGCGAUUCAGGCUGGUCAAUCCACAGCAGAGAGGGACAAUCGAAACACCGUGGAGUGCCGAUCUUCAAUAACGCGGCUGCUGCCAAGCGUGGCUUGAAACGCUUAGCCGAGCGACAGAAAGCCCGUGCCAAUCCCGAUUGGCAUCGGAUUGAGCAGGUCGAAAGCUGUCUUCGUGAAAUCAAGCUGCGGCCAGUCUCUAGGGACAACGAAGAGGAGACACUGAGCUUUUACAGCAGAUCUGAGCACGCCGAGUCGUCGCGUCAGGGACAUCAGGAGCGCCAGUGGGAUGGAGACACAAGACGGAGUUGGGGUAAUCAUGGUCAUGCCGAUGUCGUGUCGGAGACGCGUGGAAGGCAAGUGCUUGGAACGAAGGUUACGCCCAUCACAACGAAGUCGACGAAUCCGGCAAAGCAAGUUCCUGGCGCGGAGGCUAUGUUGACGGAGCCGACGAAACCCUGCAGGCAAGUUCCGGGAAGGAGGGCCAUGGCGGCUAUGGCCGUGCUGACGACCAAUCCAGGCAACCCGAAGCCUCAAGGACCAAGCAAGGCUCGUUGUCCACACUGGAAGAGUCCUCCAUGA